UGUCUGUGCUCACACCCCCUCCGCUCUGUGCAGGUGAGCAGUAUUAGAGGAAGGCUGCAGGAGCAGGUGUGGUCAGUCUGAGGACCGUUAGAGGAGAGAGAACCUGAAGCUCUGCUGGAUCACCGCCACCAUCAUGUCCUGGGAUUACGCUCGGAACGCUGCCAACACCACCAGGAAGAAUGCCAUCAACAACCCGGCCGACAUCUCCGUCAUCGUCCUCUACUUUCUGGUGGUCCUGGCUGUGGGGGUCUGGGCCAUGGUGAGGACCAACCGCUCCACCAUUGGAGGAUUCUUCCUGGCUGGCAGGAACAUGGUUUGGUGGCCGAUUGGAGCAUCUCUGUUCGCCAGUAAUAUCGGAAGUGUUCACUUUGUGGGUCUGGCAGGAACCGGUGCCGCUGCUGGCAUCGCCAUUGGAGGGUUCGAAUGGAAUGCUCUGGUUAUGAUGAUCAUACUAGGAUGGGUCUUUGUUCCAAUCUACAUCAAAUCUGGGGUGGUGACCAUGCCAGAGUAUCUGAAGAAGCGUUUCGGAGGUCAGAGGAUCAGAAUCUAUCUGUCCUUGCUUUCUCUUAUCCUCUACGUCUUCACUAAGAUCUCUGCUGAUAUAUACUCCGGAGCUAUCUUCAUUAAUCAGGCUGUGGAUGUAAACAUUUACCUGGCUGUUGUCCUGCUACUGGUGAUCACAGCUCUCUACACAGUUACAGGUGGCCUCGCUGCAGUCAUUUACACAGACACUCUGCAGACCAUCAUCAUGGUGUUGGGGUCCUUCGUCCUAGUGGGCUUUGCUUUUGAUAAGGUUGGAGGUUAUGAUAAAUUUCAUGAUGCCUACAUGAAUUCCAUCCCGAUGGUGGUGGGUAAUGUUAGUUCUGAGUGUUACACGCCUCGCGCCGACUCCUUCCACAUCUUCAGAGACGCCACCACCGGAGAUCUGCCUUGGCCUGGACUCAUCUUCGGACUCACCAUCCAGGCUGCGUGGUACUGGUGCACUGACCAGGUGAUUGUCCAGAGGUGUUUAUCUGCUAAGAACAUGUCUCAUGUGAAGGCCGGCUGUAUUCUGUGUGGGUACCUGAAGCUCCUUCCCAUGUUCAUCAUGGUGUUUCCUGGCAUGAUCAGCAGAAUUCUCUACCCAGAUGAUGUGGCGUGUGUGGUUCCUGAAAUCUGUAAUGACUUGUGUGGAACUGAGGUGGGCUGCACCAACAUCGCCUACCCCAAACUGGUGAUGGAGAUCUUGCCCAAUGGUCUGAGAGGUUUGAUGCUGUCCGUCAUGCUGGCUUCUCUGAUGAGUUCCCUCACCUCCAUCUUCAACAGCGCCAGCACCCUCUUCACCAUGGACAUCUACACCAAAAUCCGCCAAAAAGCAUCUGAAAAAGAGCUGAUGAUCGCUGGCAGGGUGUUUAUUGUGGUUCUGAUUGGGGUCAGUAUUGCCUGGAUUCCAAUGGUUCAGUCUGCUCAAGGUGGGCAGUUGUUUGAUUACACGCAAUCAGUCACCAGUUAUUUGGCCCCGCCCAUCGCCGCUGUUUUUAUUCUGGCUAUUUUCUGUAAAAGAACCAAUGAACAGGGGGUUUUCUAUGGGAUGCUGUUUGGGUUGGCUGUAGGCCUCUCCAGGAUGAUAGCUGAAUUUGCAUACGGUUCAGGAAGCUGCGCUCAGGUCCCGGACUGUCCGUACAUCAUCUGCGGGAUUCACUACCUUUACUUCGGGAUCAUCCUGUUCGGAAUCUCCUGUAUUGUCAUUCUGGGGAUUUCUCUUCUUACCAAACCAAUCGACGAAAAACACUUGCACAGACUGUGUUGGAGUUUGAGGAACAGCACUGAGGAAAGAGUUGAUAUUGAAGAAGAUGACUGGAACAAAGAAGAAGAAGAAGAAGAGAUCAGCUCGAUGAAGCUAGAAGAACCAGAGCCAGAACCGAGCUGCUGGAGGAAGGUCUACAACGGUUUCUGUGGCUUCGACCAGAAAAAAGCACCAAAACUUACCAAAGAGGAAGAGGCGGAGAUGAAGAAGCAGCUGACGGACACGAGCGAGAAGCCGCUGUGGAGGAAUGUGGUGAACGCCAACGCCAUCAUCCUGCUCGCCGUGUGUGUGUUUUUCCACGGUUUCUUCGGUUAAAAACUCGCCAGUCUCAGUCCAUAUUGAGAUGUAUACAGAAAUAUAUUUAAACACAUAUAUUUUAUAUUUUAAAGGCCAAACUGCUAUGACUUAAUUUAUGAAGUUAUUAAACAUUAGAUUUGAGAAAGUUCA